GGACCUUUGAACCGGUACUGAUUCCCCCUAACAAGCUACGGAAAUACGUCAUCACUCUGACACAGCUAGCGGACAAUGGUUCAGAUAAUCAUAAGAGGCAGUGCGGAUGGCAGCAGUCCUCCAGAAUGGCUGCUGGUGGAACUGCAGGGAGAGAUGAUGUCCAGACAGAACUCUGUUCUGGCAGGAAAUGUGAUGGGAGACCUUCUCUACACCAAAGAGGGGGUGCCAGUGCUGAUUGUAGGACAUCAUAUUCUGUAUGGGAAGCAGGUCAAACUGGAGAAAUGCUUUGCUGUCCUCACCAAGCAUUCCGACCAUUUGCAGGUUACUCUGGGCAGCCAUGACAAUGACAGUAACAAGGAUGAUGUCAUACAGGCACCCAUGGAAACGGACCAACAAGGGUCCACCUCCAAGUCUUACUGUGUGUCUGCCCUCAUCAAACAGAAGCUAAUCUUUAAGACGCGUCCAAAACCCAUCAUCACUAAUGUACCCAAGAAGGUAUAGUGUGACCAUGUUUUCUCAUAUGGUCAGAGGUCUUGUGUGAUGGUAACUAGUGCUCCAUCUGACAUUUAGAGUAUUGGACUUUUUUUUUUUUUUUUUUCACAGUAUAAUUCAGUUUGUGUCAUCCAACUCUGAUAUGAUGCAGUUUGAUUUUACAUUUUGUUGUACAAUUGAUCAAUACUACACCUUUUUAUAGAGAGACUUUAAUGAGGCUCCCCACAAGUAUGAAUGAAUGUUGUAUUGUUUUUCUGAGAUUCUUAGACAAACAGUCCCAUGACCAUCUAAAUGCUUUUUCAAAGGCUCUUGCACACUGACAAAUAUCACAUUCUAAACGGAUUACUAAAUAAUUAGUAAUAAUAAUAAGUCUUUUUUUGCAAAAGAAUUUUGGAGAUCAGGACAGAAUAACCUUAUAUACGACAAUAAAUGCGAUGUGUAGAAUUAUCUUCGGUUGCCACUGAGACAUGUCUAUGUUAUUGGUGUAUAUAACUUAACAUGAACCAUAAACUGUUUUAAAGUUUUGAGGAAAGGUUGUAUAGUAUGGAACAUAAGUUGCAGGUGUUUAGAGUUGGGUAACAAGUCCCAAAAGGUUUGCAAAAUUUGUUCAUUUUCCAUACACAUUCAUGUUUGUCCGUAUUUUUUGGAGAUGUUGCAGCAAUGUUCUCUCAGAUUUAAUCAUCAAAUGGAGCCCGUAUAGCUGAAUUGACAGUACUUGUUGCUCAUUUUCUAUUGCAAAACAUAAUCUUGACAACUGACUAAAAUGUGUCGGUUUGGUCGAAAAAAGGCAUCUAGAAAUUUUAGAUUGAGGAACCUAUGACUGCCGUAAACAACUGAUAACUACUGAUAAAUAGCAUCCAAACCUAUUUUACUCUCUAAAAGACAUUCUCUGAUAGUUCACCAAAUUUGUACUAAUCUUCAUUAAAAGGGUACUCCAGUGCUUUACUGUCAUAGUUUCAUAAAAUAGGGGGACAAAAUUAAAAAUUGAAGCAGCAGAGGCUGAAAUAAACUGACUUUGAGGUCCUAGUUUGGGUCAAGCUCCAAAAAGACUGUGUCUCACACUUCCCAUAAUGAAACUUGAUGGCAUCUCUCAUUGGACCUUUUUUCAAACCCCACGAUUCCAGUUUGUAAUGUGGGAUUUUAGGGCUUAUUUUCUCAAAUGCUAUGGCUCAGGAGUUUAGCAUUAGACAAAAAUCUCCAGGAAAUGGUCAUGUGAAAUGAAGUUGCACACCUUAAAUUCAAAGGCCAGUUACCCCUGCAGGGAUCCAUCUCAACAUUCAUAAAUUUAAGACACUAUUGAAUCAGUUUGUUCAGCCACCAAGGCCCUGUUCAUACCUGGCAUUAACAUGCGUCUUGGAUAAUCUGAUGACAAGUAGACAGCUGUAAUUACGUUAUUUUACACCUUGCAUUAGAUUACAUCUUGACAUGCAUCUCAAGUGACCGCUUGUGAUUGGUCCAAAUGGUCCAAAAUAUUUUUUAAAUUUUCACAUGUCAUGGACAAAGCCAGCUUACACGACUGACAUUACCUACGCGUGCUUUCGCAGAGGAUGUCAGCUGAGUAGGUGAUCCUUCAGUGUGACUCAGGACACAUUUGUGCACACACUGCUAAAAGAAUUUGGCCGUAUGCGGCCCAGACCAACUCUGAAUGUGGUCUGAUUAAUCGGAUCUCAGUGUGUCCUCAAUGUGUCUUUGAUGUAUUCACAUCUCUACUUAGAGCUGUCCACAUGUGAUCGGCUAAGCCAAGAUGCAUGUUAAGGUCAGAUAUGAACAGGGUCCAAGUGAGUCCCUCAUAUGUAUAGAUGACAGAGAUCUGCUCACACCAAUGAGAGUAGAAGAGUAAAUGUUUUAGUGGGCGGGAUGAAUAAGGUGGUUCUGCUGCUUCCCAACAACACUCUCAGUGUGGUAAAUAUACUGUAGCAUUGUGAAGAGAUGAACAGGGAUAUACAGUACAUAAGCUGCAGUGUGGACCACGCUCCCUCCAACUCUUAAUGAGGUUUGGACAAACAGUUUACUAUUAGUUAAGUCCUAUAAUAAUCUCAGUGCUGUCUUGUCCUGGCACUAAACAAUAUCUGAGGAUUCAUACUGAAUGAAUGUCAGUGUUUUGGCGUAUAAAAGGAAGAAUAUUAAGCUGAAUAUUUACUACCUUCAAAUAAGACCAAAAAACAUGAGGAUACAGAAUUGUUUAUAUGGUCACAAUCAAUGUGAUGCUAUAAUAAAGCAGCACAGCACAGUUACAUUAAGAAUUAAAAAAGUGACUACAGAAAGAAUAUGAUAAGGUAGGAGUAAAAAAGUACAGAAAAAAGCCAUCCUCAUAGAGCAUGGUGAAUGAAUGGUGACUUCAGCACAUCCCCCUCCCCCAGACCCCUAAUUUUAAGCAUACUGUACCAUGUGAUGGUCCAAAUUGAGGCUCAAGUUAAAACUUUGACUGGAUGGUGGUGCUUAAUAAUCCUACAGGAGAUCAGCAUGAGAACAAAUCUGGGGACGAUUCUAUCCAUUCUCUCUCUCUCUCUCUCUCUCUCUCUCUCUGCAUUACCUCUGUAUCUCCGUUCUAACUGUUGAGUGAAGGCAAUAUGGAGGAAAAAAACAAAAAUUGGGUAAAUAUCUGGCAACAUGAGAAGAGAUGAUAAUUUUGAACUGCGUGUAAAAGUAUGAUUUUGCUCUUGAAGGCCUUGAAUAAAAGAACUCUGCAAUCAUA